GCUUCUGGGCAAUUCCCGAUUACAACAACUGCGAACACAAGUAAAGGGGAAACAAAUAAAAUAAAUUUGAAAAUGUCUUCAGAUCUUCAGCUCUCAAAAGAAGAGGCUAUGGCUUGGCUGGUUGAAAACAACGCCUAUAGUGCCAAAAUGGAUGUAGACGCAUGGCUCGAUAAGUUUUAUACAGCAGAUGCCACAGUCCAAUUCGCGAAUAGCCCGGCGCGCUCCGUCAUGGAUGCUAGAGAAAUGUUCAAAGCUAUAUGGGCUAAGUUCGAUGGAUUAGAACAUGAUGUUAUCCAUGUUGAUUAUGUGAGCCCCUGUAUCUAUCAUCGUUGUGAUGUUCGGUAUCUUGUCAAGGGAGACGAUCCCAAAACGCAAAAAAUCAAAGUUCCAGCACUUGCUACGAUGUUGAUGAAGAGGGACGAGGAUGGCAACUUAAAGUCGUAUAAGAUGGAGGUUUUUAUAGAUCCCUCGCCUGUAUUUGCACGCAUUUCCGAGAAAGGUCUCUGAAGUUUGAAAUCUUUAGCAUUCCUAGUAACAGACA